AUGAUAGAUCUUACUGCCAUUGCUCCGUACUACCUUGCUCUUUGCGGGUCGUCUGUGGCAGACCGAUAUGAUGGUGAGCUACGAAUGUUGCGCAUAUUCAGAUUGCUGACUCUCGACAAGUACAUUCCAUCUGUGUCUCUGAUUGGCCGUGUCUUCCGCAGACAUGCCAAGGAGUUCCAGCUUGCAGCUUUUGCAUCUGCAGCGAUUUGGCUGAUCUUUUCUGCGCUUAUGUGGCUCACAGAGCGACAUGACGCAACUCAGGUUGACGACUUGACAAUGGCGCAGCGAUAUGGCAGCAUGCCAGAGGCAAUGCCAUACACGCUGGUUCACCUCACAGGGGAUUACCCGCUGAUUGACUACGAUUUCCCGGCGAAGUGUGUUCUCUUUGUCGCCCUGCUGUUCGCAGUUGGGGUCGUAGCUGUCCCAACGGGCUUGCUGGCCUCGGGCUUCGCACAGGAGCUUACGAAGUACCGAGAAGAGCAGCGACGACUUCGAGAAGAAGCAGCGACAAAGAUAGAGAAGGCACUACGACAGUACAUUCGAAGACGCCGACUUCGACAGGUAACAGUUCGGGUGCAGGCACAGCGCACGGCUUUGCGCGAGCUCAAAGACAAAGCGCAGAAGGACAGCCCCCACAAAUUGCUCAUGGUGAAGUUCUUGGAGCAAAAGACCACGGCUGGCCGUGUAUGCAAGAAGGUUAUGUUCCUCCUGAUUGUUCUCAACGUCCUGGCGGUAAUCGGUGAGAGCAUGUCCUGGAUAAAACAGGAAAUUGGAAGCACUAUCCUGAACGCCUUUGAACUCGUCAGCGUGCUGGUCUUUACUUUCGAAUAUGCGGCCAACGUCUGGAGUGCACCUGCAAACAGCAGGUACAUGUUCUGCCGCAGAAAUUACAUUGUGUCUUUCUUUGGUCUUGUCGACUUGGUGACAGUGGCACCUUUCUGGAUUCAGACAGUGAUGUGGAUCAGUGGGUUGCAGUUCAACGCUUUCAUCUUCCGAAUCGCGCGGCUUCUCCGUAUUCUUCAGCUGGAAGAUUUCGUGGAAAGCUUCACGCUCUUGGAUGAUGCCUGGCGGAGCUGCAGGGAAACCAUGGUUGCCACGGGGUUCAUGGCGCUCUUGGUUUGGAUCUGUGGAGCAGUUCUUUUCUACGAGUUUGAGCAGGAUAAUCCGUCAAUGGAUGGCGCCUUCAAGGACCUUCCAUCCAGCAUGUCCGGCCCUUGUUUCUACAUUGACAAUGGAGGUUGUCGGUUUGUGGCAAAAGAUGGCGCUGUGAAAGGCUGGAGGGACAGCAAGCGGCUUCACUGCGAAGAGGCCGCGGCAUGGCAACAGCUGCAGUGCAAUGACUUGGACAACUCCUCCAAUUCGGGUCUCGUUUUGAAGGUAGAACUGCUGCGCUUGUCCCUCGACAACGUGCAGGUUGCAGAGCUGAAAGCGCUGCAAGCUGCCUGGCUGAUCUAUUUUGGAGUGCAGGAGAUCACAGACCUCCGCAGCAUGCAGGCUGAGGAGCUCCUCAAGCUGGAGGUGGACUGGACGACGCAGGUGUCAGACAUGCGGUCACUUCAUUCUGAGGACACUCGCAGCUUGAAGCAGAGCUUGGAGGAAACGACGCGCCGUUCGCAGAGGAUGAUCCGUGAACGGGAUGAUGCUCGUGAGCAGGCCCUGGCAAGACAUCGAGAGGGCUCGCGGUUGCAGCAGCAGUGUGCCGAUGCUCGUCACGAGGUGCUAGAGCUCUCGGCUCAAAUCCGCCUCGCGCACCCAGCUGUUGGGCCAGGCCUGAACCGGUCCUUUUCUGCUUCUUUCCUGGACUCACCAACCUUGUCCAUCAAGGAUGCCCAAUGUGCGGACGCGGAGAUGCUCGACCUCAGGCAAAGAUGCAAGGAGCUGGAGAGGCAGUGCACCAGGAUGCACGGCUUGCUGGAAAAAGGACAGGAGGCCUGUGAAAGAUGGCGGAGGCAAGGAAUCAGUGCAGCUACCGGUGGAAUAGACAGCGCGGAUGAUGCCGGUGGCAGACCGGAGCCUUUUGCGCUGGGCCCCGACUUUCCGCGAGAUGCCAGGACAGAAAGUCCAGCUGCAAUUGCGGCAGUUGUGUGA